AUGAAUAAUCAGCAGCCAGACAGCGAGCUGGAGGAUGGACUCGAUGAUUUAUGGAACGCUGUGGAAGAGCUUGUUCGUGAUGAAGCCAGCGAACAAGAGCGCCGUCGGCAGGAUUACUUGCAGAAGCAGGCCAGUCGGGCUCAGCAACAGCGUGCGGCCAUGGACCUGUCCAUCCGAGCCAUGGCAGGAGAGCUUCUGGCGGAGCUUACGGUGAACGCAAACUGCACAUCUGGCCAGCUUGCGGGAGAGCUUGCAAAACUCGUUCCGCCUUUGCCGCGAACAGAGUACCGCCUUGCAGUAGAGACUGAGGCUCUGCAGCCGAGUGACCGCCUCUGCGAGCACGUGUACGAUGGAGCUGAGCUUACAGCCCUGGUGGUGGAAUCGCUGGAAGGUGAGUACUUCUGCCAGGCAAACCCGACUCGAGGUAUCACGCUGUGCCUGGAAGGGAACCGUCGUGCACGAUGUCAAGCAGAACGGAAGGUCGGCGGCCUAUGCUUUUACCACCGCGCAGAAGGUUCUUGGCAGGAGCGUUCCUGCGGCGACAUGACCUCUGUGUGGGUCACGCUGGAUCAGGCAAUCGGUGCUAUGGAAGACUUCGUAGUGAGGCAUGAACUGGAAAUGGAGAAGUUGCAUGAUGGAGACCUGCGGGUGGUGUGUCUGACCAGUUUCUGCCUAAACGCGCCCGGGGCGUUUGACAUGGCCUGGCAGAGAGGCUUCGAGCAUCACUUCGGCAAGGAGCGGACGAAGAACCUGAGCAAGGGAGUGCUCCUUAUUCGCUUCGAGAUGCCUUUUACAGUUCAAUGUUCGAGGUGUGGCCUGUACAUUCGCCAGGGCACACGAUACAACGCGGACAAGAAGAAGGUCGGAAUGUAUUUCUCGACCCCGCUUUACGAGUUUUCCAUGCAUUGUGGCAACAUCGUCAGCCCAGAACGGUCGGCCAACGGGCGAGCACACUGCAACCAACGGCUAGUCAUCCGUACCGAUCCCAAGAACGACGAUUACGAGUUGGCGGAGGGGCUUCGUCGAAAAAUCGAAGCUUGGGAUAGCAAGGACUCCGAGACCUUGGAGCUUGUGGAUCCAGAAACUCGGAGACAAAUGGAAGCUGACCCUAUGUUCCGAGUGGAGAAGACGACACGAGACAUGCAGAAGGAGCGAAACGACAAGGCGCGCUUGUCGGACCUUCAGGACCUCCAAGACGAGCGCGAGGAUUCCUACGGAUGGAACAGUGUUUUGCGGAAAGCACAUCGACUUCGACGGAAGGAGGAAGAAAGGCAAGAGGAGGUGGAGCGGCUUGCGGGCAAGCCGAACUUUGGAGUGCCACUGGCUCCUACCUCCGAUGAAGACUGCCUUCAGGCGAAAUCCGUGGAAUACAGGACGGAUCACGACAAGAUCGAGGUCUCAGCCAGGAGAAGUUCCCUCAUGGCCAAACCUGUCUUAGAGCAGGGUUUCCACAAGAAAGCAUUGCGUGUGGCAACGCUGGUGGGGAAGAGGAAGCGACUGCAGCAAAGCUCCCGAAUGGAGCGCUGCCGAAAGCUGCAGACGCCAUGA